AGUUGAAUGUCGAAACCGAAGCGAAUCGGAUCGUAGUUAAAGCUAACCGCGAGUAAUACGAAAACAGUUAUUCAAUAUGGAUUGCGGUGGGGUUUUUGUUAAAUAUGUGCUCUUCAUAUUUAAUAUAUUAUUUGUGAUUUGCGGCAUUUUGCUGAUCAUAUUUGGUUCUCUUAUGGUCUCGGAAAUCAAGGACUUUUCGAGCGUUGACCAAACCUUCACUGCAAAUAGUGUGGCUAUAAUAAUACUUAUUUUGGGUUGUGUCAUCUUUCUGGUCUCCUUUCUGGGAUGCUGCGGUGCCAUUCGCGAGAAUGCCUGUGGCCUAACAACGUACUCGAUCAUCAUGUUGGGUUUGUUCUUUUGCCAAAUCGCCCUGAUCAUCUAUGUGUGGAUAAAUCAUGUGCAAAUACGUGAAUCUCUGGACAAGGUUGUGCAAACAAUUUGGGAACAGCGAAAAACCGAUGGCCUCUUGAUGGAUACUCUGCAGAAAUCCUUGAAAUGCUGUGGCCUGCACAAGUUUUCCGAUUAUGGCGUUACCUAUCCUGCAUCCUGCUGUGACACGCCCACAAAUGGCACCUGUAGCUUAACGUCCGUCAUGUUUAAGCCGGGCUGUAAGUCUGCCGUUGACUCUCUAUGGGACACAAAUGCCAAUAUUAUCAAAUAUGCUGGUUUGGGCGUAACUGCGGUUGAGUUGGUCGCUUUCAUAUUUGCAUGCUGUUUGGCGAAUCAGACCCGCAACAAUCAGAGACGUCAAAAUUUUUAAUCUUUUAACUUGAGGCUAACCCUGCGAUUACGAAAUUUAUCUCCAUAUUAUUACGCUCUUGUAGACGGUAUUAUAAUUUUCUCAUGAAUUAUGUAAUGCAUAGAAGGAUACAUAUCCAACCCUAUAGAGUAUAUGUAUAGCGGAUCAGCUCUAUAGGCACAUUAUUUCGAAUGAGUUUUAGUAUUGCAUAUCUGCAAAGCCGUAAGGCUAAUGUCUACAAGGGUAUUAACUCUUCGGUCUGCCGAAGAUAGUCGUACUUUCUCGUUAUUAUAAUAUUAGUACACAUGCAUUUCAUAAUAAUAUAGUAUUUGCUGUACUAUAAACUUUA